AUGACCAAUACCAGCAAUCGCUCUACUCACCCACUACACGACCUCUCGCAGACCAUACACGCUACUCUCCUCUCACCUCCCGCUCAAUUCCUCUUGGUCUCAUCAGUUAACAACGAUCAAUGGUGUAUCUGUUUGUUUAAUACUACAAAGAGUGUCAGUAAGGUAUGGUCUAUCGAAAGACCUCUUAAGCAGAUAGCAGAUCAUGGGGAAAAGGAAAAUAUAGAAGAAGCGAUCCGACAAGGUCUACUCCACGUGGAUUGUGGAACGAAGAGACAGGUUGAUCUCACCACUCUGAAUACAAUAGACUUACAUAUUCUCAUUCAGCCUAAUCCGUUGAUUCUGAACCUGAAAGAAGGAGAUAUCGAUGAUCACAUUUCGAAAUUGAUGAAUGCUACUUAUAAGCUGUUAUCUCGUCCUGAAGGUAAAUCCAAGCAAAAUGGAAACACUGCAGACUCGGAUGUAGAAGUUAGAGAGUUGAAAUUACAACUGUCUCAGAGAGAUGCCGAGAUAGCGAACCUUAACUCUAGAUUAUCAAGUCUCAAAGCUACUAUAGUACGAGCUACAGCUUCCGAUGUGAAUAAGAAGAAAGUUCAACAAUCACCACAGAAACAGAAACCUUUACCUGGUGCUAGUCAAUUACAACCUAAUCAGAAAAGGAGAAAGGUCGUCGAAGAUGAAUUUGCGGGAAGUAGUAGUGAUGAGGACGAUUGA